AUGGAAAUCUAUACGGAUGGCUCUGGCUUGGAUGGAAACAUCGGGUGCACCUUUGUUGUGAUGCAAAACAGUGAGAUCCAUCAGCAGGGUUACAGACUAAGCAACUUCCGCAGUGUUUUUCAGGCCAAGCUUGAGGCCGUUAACAUGGCUGUUGGCUGGUCUGAACAGCACUUAACUCAUACGCAGAUUGCAAUCUUCACAGACUGCCAGUCUGCCAUCAACCUUAUCAAUAGCAGACAGCUCCACCCCAUUUCAACUGCUAUCAAAAAACUUACACUCAACUCCUCCAAUAGCUACAGCAUUACCUGGGUCCGCAGUCAUCAUGGUACUACUGGUAACGAGAGAGCUGACCAGCUGGCAAAGACAGCUGCCAACAAUGACACGCUAGACUCCAUCUAUAAUAAAAUCAGCCUGAAUAAAGUUAAGACUUCUAUACAAUGA